GCCCCACGGAGGAUGCCCAAGGGAAGAAAGAGCCUCACUGAGGUUUUGUGGAAAAGGUGCUAGGGGUCACAUUCUGGGGAGAGGCCAUGCCUUGGGGGCAGCAGGUGGCUGGCCCUCCUGGCGACUCCAGUCCAUGUCCCCCCCUCCCCCCGUGCGUGUGCUCUCCCCAGGGCGGGCAGAGGGCCCCAUAUCACAGGACUGCAGGUGUGGGGGGUCUGCAGCCUCACUGAGAGCAGACAGGCCUGGCUCCCCGCAGUGCUACUGAGGAUGUGAGUAUGUGGGGAGUGAGUUUCUCCCAUUUGCAGGUGAAUUCAUUUUUGCUAACUUACAAUCAGCAGUUUUACCCUAAAGCACUUGUAACUGCUUCUCUCUAGACUGAAAGUGUAUUCGUUACCUGGGAGCCUUGAGUGUGUUUUCAUAAUGUAAGGAUGAGACUUUCUUGGGCUCUGGAUCCUUGCAUCUGUGUUUGUUUGGAAAUAGCCAGUUCUCUUGGAAGGGCUGUGUUGGCCAUGGUUGGAGACAUGUGGCCAGAGGUCAGAGGUGGUCCAGAGGCCGUGGGCCACGGAGAAGAGGCGUAGAUUGCCACGUGUGAUGACAGGAAGGCCAGCUGGCUGUUGUUCCCACACAUUCUCAUAAGGAAAGGCCCCAGAGGGGCCCCUUGGUGCCUCACGGUGGGGUGAGCUCUCUCGUGGCGGCCAAGGUUGGGGUGCAUACCCCUCCACGUCAGCACCUGGGGUGUGGGCAUCUGUCCAGAGAGUGAGGGCCCUGCUGGGUCCACCCCCGAUGUUCUGGCAGCCCCAAGGACAAGGCCAGCCCAGGACUGGACCAGACCGCCCUGUGUCGGGGCAGGAACUGCUGUUGCCCAGGCAGGCAACCUGGGCUGGGCUCCGCUCAGAUGGGCCGACUCUGGGGGGUCCGUCCUGUCCUCACCCAGAGAGGCCGGUCCUGGGGAACCAUGCUGGAGGGUCUUAGGUGUUUUCACUGAAACUUGGGGGUUUCCUUUGAUCUCUGGCGGUGGGGGGAGGGAUCCCUCCCCUUACACUGAAGAGUGAGCCCUGAAGAGUUUAGAAGCUUGAAAGCCAACCUGUCCCUGUCAGGUGUGGAAACUGAGGCCCAGGAAGGGGCAGUGACUUGGCUGCGGCCACAAGGCAGCUGUGCCCUGAGUCGGGUGUGGCUUCUGGGGGCACUUCCUCCGACCUCCAGUCCGGAGAGGCCACCCAUGGGGCCCCUGAGAAGUUCCUGAGCAUCUGGAUUGUCCAGAGAACGUCUCCUUUCUCCUUUGCCUGGGGUGCUUCCCUCAGCACCUUGAGGUGGCGGUUACAUCUCUCUUCUCCCUGGGAAACACCCCUUAGCUUUUCUUCGGCUGCUGCUUUCCAGCCCCAGCUCGAGGCGAGCGGGUUCCUCGGCUUCCUUGCUCUGAGGCCUGGGGUGGGGAAUUUGGGGGGGUGGCUCCCUGCAAGCCUUUUUGGGCCAGUGGCCAUGCCCACCCCCCCAGUGAUAGACCCCUCCGUCCCUGCAGGGGUGAGUAGCAGGAGGCACCUCUGCAGUGCUGGGCCAGCGGGGAGCCUGGGAAGUCCCACGCCUGGGACCUGCUGGGGCAGGACCCCCCCCACCCCCGCCGCAGCCCCAUGGCAGGGGAGGGAGCUGGGGUUGGGGGGUUAAGUCCUGCUCACCUGGUUCUGCCUGAGGCCAGGUUCCUGGAAGAGACAGCACCUGCUGACCACUGAGGAAGGCCCCUGCCUCUCCUCCCCUCCCCCAGCAGUGGGGCCCUGCACUGCCCUCUGCUCACCCAACACGCUCCCCCUCCUCCCCACUGGGCAGAGCAGAUAUCCUGGGUCUGAUGGCUUAAUCCAAGAGCCACUGGGUGGGAAGACAGCCCAGUGGGGCUGGGCUCCAGGGUCAGGUUAAUUGAAGAAGCGAUUGGAUAUGGGGUGGGGAGACGUUGGGGGCAGGGCUGGGAUCCUGGGGCCUCCCUCUGCUCCCUCCCUUCUUUGCUCAGAGGAGCCAACUUCAAAAGCCUUGUCUGCCUGCCGCCCAUCUGCACGCUUGUAGCCCGCCAGGGAAGCCCUGGUGGCCCGGCUUGGAGCAGGACCUGGAGUGGCAGCUACACUCCCCACCUGAGGACCCCAGGUCAUGUGCGAGGCCCUGUGGUGGGAGUGAGGGAGAGCCUGACCCUGAGAGGCCCAUGGGGCCCCCCAAGCCUGCACUCUGGGCACUCCUGCUGGUGUUGCUGGGGACCACACAGGGCCGGGCCGGGCUCCGCACCUGCAGUGUCCCCGACGUGCUCCGCCACUACCGGGCGGUCAUCUUCCAAGACCUGCAGGCCGCAGCGAGGUGGGUGGGGCCAGGGGGCGAAGGGACGGGGCUGGGCUCCAGACACCUCCAUUUCGUUCAGAGAAACCUGACUGGAGCUGCGGCCUCCCGACGGCGGGGCCGGGUGGGAGCCUCCUGUGGGGCCCAGAAGGAGCGCAGCAUCCUACUGUCCAUCCUGUCCCUGGGUCGGACCCUACGUGGGGCGGUGGCCCGGGGCCGCCGUCGGGCACUGGAGAAAGUGGCAUGGACUGUGGCCGUGCGCACCGAGGCGGUGAUGCAGCGCUACUGCUGGACGCUGCGCCAGAGCUGGCGGCCUCAGACGCGCCCUUCCCGGCGUCGAGGCGGCCGGAGGUGGCUCCUGCUACACGCCCUGGACGCCAUCGCCACCUGCUGGGAGAAGCUCUUCGCACUGCGCGCAGCGGCCGCGCAGCAGGGUGAAGAAGAACGAGCGAGGCUGAGAAAGAGCCUGACGGGGGCACAACCAACGCAUCGAAGCCUGUGCUCCCCAAAGAGCCCACGACCAGGAGACCCGAUCCCGCCUGGCCAUGCUGGUCCCAGAAGGGCCCGCCCCCCUCGCCCCGAGGAGGCUCUGAUAAAUUGAGCUGGUGCUGCGG